AUUUUAAAUAAAAAAAAUAAUAAUAAUUAACAAAGAAUAAUAAUAACAAUUAUUUAGUGAAAAUUAUAUGAAAAAUAAGUGUUAAACAAAUUUAUGAGGUUUCAGAAUUGAAUAACAUUUAUAAUCUGAAAAAAAAAAAAAAAAAAAAAAAAAAAAAAACAAUUGCUUAUCUGAUUUUUUUAUUGAAGAUUCCAGUGUUUAUUGCAGCAGCAUGGCAAAGAGACUAUGUGGAACCUAACAACGAAUACGCAGUAUUGCAGCGAGGCUUUAAUGCUAAUUAAAAAAGUGCAUCAAAACAUUUCUUUUCACAACUUCUUACAAUAAUUAUAAAACAAAUAAUUCAGAAGAACAAACGAGAACGAAACGUCACGACAAAAACAAUAUGAUUAAAAACAAUACUUAAUAACAGAGAAUCAGUGCCAAGCUGAAGCGGGCCGAGCAAUUUCAAAUAGAAUUAAACGACCUCAUUUUUAAACUCGAAAUAGUUACUAAAAAUAGUUACGUGGACUAGUAUUUAGCUGCUACUGCCGCUAAAUACACAUCCUUGUUUGUUUUGUCUCUCUCCCUCGUCUCUCGCCUCUCUCACUCUCUGUGUGUGUAGACAGCCCCUUAGCACAAAUGUCUUAUCACGGCAAAUCGCAAACGCAUUCCAUGCCCCAUCCACGCCAUCGCCGUCCCCAUUGUUGUACAACAAAAAUACCAAAGAGACAGCAUCAGUUACAAAUGCCCGCCUUUCAGAUGUUACGCUUUCUCCUGCUGUUGGUCUGCUACAGUUGUCAUCCGUCCCAGACUCGAGCUGCUGUGGAGUAUAGCGCCCAGCUGAGUCAGUGUUACGACAAAGCAUAUGGAUUUGGAGGUUACCAUUUAUUUAAUGACUCGCUAGCGCCGGGCAACCAGUUGAUAUGGGAUUCGGUUAAUGGCACGGGAUUGCUGAGGAAUGGCAGUGAAAUAUUGAGGACUUUGGCACAGCCGGAGGCAACGACGGCACCGGGUUGGAAGUGUUGUUGUUGGAAUGCAACGAAUUCGGAUGAAGUUGAGUGCCGUUGUGAAGGUGAAGCCUUAUCCCGGGUACCACAAACCCUAACCAAUCCCCUGCAAAGGCUAACAAUUGCCUCGGCUGGCUUACCACGUCUACGCAAUACAGCUUUAAAAGUCUACAAUGCAUCGCUGUCGGAUAUUGUACUGACAGAUCUCAAAUACCUGGAGACGAUACAGGAUGGUGCUUUUGCCAACUUAAGGCAUCUGAGGACAAUUUAUAUAUCUCAUGCCCCAAAAUUGGAGUAUUUAUCGAAGGAUGUUUUCCAGGGUAUUUCGGAUACCAUUAAAGUCAUACGUAUUAUAAAUAGCGGUUUAACAACAAUACCCGACUUAACCUAUUUGCCAUCGACAAAUAUACUGCAAAUGAUAGAUCUCGAUAAUAAUCACAUAACUCGAAUUGAUUCAAAAUCGAUAAAAAUAAAGACUGACCAAUUAAUUUUAGCAAAUAAUUACAUAAAUUACAUAGAUGAUUCAGCAUUUUAUGGCUCUCAAAUAGCCAAACUCAUUUUAAAAGAAAACCGCAAUUUGCGAGAAGUCCAUCCAAAUGCAUUCAAUGGCAUGAGCAUGCAAGAAUUAGAUCUCUCCAGUACAUCGUUGGUGCGUUUGCCCUCAGCCGGUCUGCAGGAUAUUGAAGUGCUGCGUAUUGAAAAUACGCAUACACUGAAAACCAUACCAUCCAUUUAUAACUUUAAGAAUUUACAAAAGGCUCAUUUAACACAUUCCUUUCAUUGUUGUGCUUUUAAAUUUCCCUCACGUCACGAUCCCCGGCGACAUGCGGAACGUAUGAAGGAAAUCGAAAAAUGGCAACAACAAUGCAUCAAUAAAAACAAAGAUGCCAAUAAUUUACAAAAAUUGGAGAAAUUCACACAAAACAAUGGAGUCCCAGAGGACUAUGGCGAGAUGCGGGAUGCCAUGGCGGGAGGAGGUGGAGGAGGAGAAGAAAAUGCAGAAUUUUUCAAAGGUACUUGGUCAACGCCACAGGACGAUUUGGGCGCCACUGCUGGUGUAUGGAAACGUACGACACAUGAAUUUCCGGUUACCGGUACCACAACAACUACUGGUGAUGGCACAUCAGCAAUAACAACAACUUCCUCCUCUUCCUCUCCGCUGGAUGAAAACAAAAUCAAUUUGUUAACAAAUAUCAAUAGCAUUCUAUACAGACGUUUAAUGCGUUCCGACUUCCCCCUCACCGACGAUCAAUUUCUGGGCGAAUCGAAUAUGUGGUCGGAGCUGAAACCGAAUCUAAAUGACAUUGAAUACUUCGUCGACGAGGAUGACUAUUUGUCGGAUUCAAUUAAAUCGGAUAUUGGUAUAUUCCAUGAGCCAAUCAAUACGGAUUCAAGUCAAUUGGAUGAGUACUGUGGCAAUUUUACUUUUAGCAAACACGAUGUGGAAUGCUAUCCCAUGGCCAAUGCAUUGAAUCCCUGCGAAGAUGUGAUGGGCUAUCAAUGGCUGCGUAUUUCUGUUUGGAUCGUUGUUGGCUUGGCCGUCAUUGGAAAUGUUGCUGUACUUGUGGUGAUUCUGUCCAUCAAAUCCGAAUCCCCAUCUGUACCGAGAUUUUUAAUGUGUCAUCUGGCAUUUGCUGAUUUAUGUUUGGGUCUUUAUUUGCUGUUAAUAGCCAGCAUUGAUUCUCACUCCAUGGGAGAGUAUUUUAAUUAUGCCUACGAUUGGCAAUAUGGUGCCGGUUGCAAAGUUGCCGGUUUCUUAACGGUGUUUGCCAGCCAUUUGUCCGUAUUCACAUUGACCGUCAUCACCAUCGAACGCUGGUUGGCCAUAACGCAUGCCCUCUAUUUGAAUCAUCGCAUCAAAUUGAGACCAGCAGCUUAUAUUAUGAUGGGCGGCUGGAUUUAUUCUAUUAUUAUGUCGUCAUUGCCGUUAUUCGGUAUUAGCAAUUACUCAUCGACGAGUAUUUGUUUACCCAUGGAAAUACGCGAUCCCUUCGACACCGCCUAUCUGGUUGCCAUCAUGGGUCUAAAUGGUGUGGCAUUCUUCAUUAUUGCAAUUUGCUAUGGCCAAAUAUAUUUGUCGCUGGGCGAGGAGACGCGUCAUGCUCACAGUAAUUCGACGGGAGAGAUGAGUGUUGCCAAGAAAAUGGCUUUGCUGGUAUUUACAAAUUUUGCUUGCUGGGCUCCCAUAGCCUUCUUUGGAUUGACAGCCUUAUCCGGCUAUCCGUUGAUAAAUGUAACGAAAUCGAAAAUACUAUUGGUGUUUGUGUAUCCCCUGAAUUCUUGUGCCGAUCCAUAUUUGUAUGCCAUAUUAACAUCGCAGUAUCGUCAGGAUUUGUAUCUUCUGUUGGCAAAAUUCGGCCUUUGCCAGCAGAAAGCAUUGAAGUACAAAAACAGUAUUUCCUUUCCGGCCACCUCUAAUUACACCUGUUCUAUACAAAGACACGGUUCUCUAAUACCAAAAAUACAAAAGAGCAACGGUACCCCACCACCAGAGACUCAAAUAAUGCUGCAGGGCAAAGAGGAUUUUGUCUGAGACAGCGCUGUGGAGCGAAAUGAGAUUGUAACGACAGCAACCACAAUUACAUGAAGUAUUGAUACUAUGACAACAACAGCAACUACACAACCAAAACAUUAGACAUAGACUUGAAGUCAUUGCUAUU